AUGAAUUUGCAAGAGAGGCUGCAAAGCUUGUGGACAAUGGCAAGCCCACAGGAUCCUCCUGUCCUUGCCUGGCUGCAGAUGGGCUCUCGAACACAGAUGGCUACCCUCCCCUGCCUCGCUCUGAUCCUGCUUCUCUGGAGCCAGGUGCCAGGGGUGCAGGGCCAAGAAUUCCGGUUUGGGCCCUGCCGAGUGGAGGGGGUAGUCCUCCAGGACCUGUGGGAGGCCUUCUGGACCGUGAAGGACACUGUGCAAGCUCAGGAUAACAUCAUAAGUGUCCGGUUGCUGCGGCGGGAGGUUCUGCAGAACGUCUCGGAUGCUGAGAGCUGUUACCUCAUCCGUGCCCUGCUGAAGUUCUACUUGAAUACCGUUUUCAAAAACUACCACAGUAAAACAGUGGAAGUCAGGAUCCUGAAGUCACUCUCUACUCUGGCCAACAACUUUAUCGUCAUCGUGUCAAAACUGCAACCCAGUCAGGAAAAUGAGAUGUUUUCCACCAGUGAGAAUGCGCACAGGCGGUUUCUGCUGUUUCAGGGAGCAUUUAAACAGUUGGACAUAGAAGCAGCUCUGACCAAAGCCUUUGGGGAAGUGGACAUUCUCUUGACCUGGAUGGAGAAAUUCUACCAGCUCUGA